CACUACAGUUCACUUGUGCCCAUUUAAUUAAUUUCAAAGGCUGAGGAGUGAGAGGAUAACCCCAGAAACAGAAACUGAGAAACCCACACACUUACCAUACCAUGUUCUGAUACCCCACAGAGACAGAGAGAGAAACACAAACCAAUCAAAUCAAUGCAAACACAAGGCAUGCCAACCACCAUGGCCUCGUUUUCUCCUCGGACUCAUUUCUCAGCCACUCCUUCAUCAUAUUCCAAACCCCAUCUCAUCCACAACAGAUUCUUCUUCACUCUCAGGCCAAAGAACCUUCCUUUGUUUCUCUUGAAGGCUUCUUCUGCUGACAAUGGUGUUGGCUCUUCUGGUUCAGCUGCAACUGCAGUGGAACCACCGCUGGAGGAGGCCGUCCCGGAGCCUUCUCCGCCGCCGCAGCAGCAGCAGCUGGAGAACACUUCCAUGGGAACCAAUGGGUCUGCUUCUUCUGCUGUUGCUGCUGUGGCUGAGGAAGUGAAGGUGGUGAGUGGUUUUGUGGACCCAAGAUGGGUUGGAGGGACAUGGGACUUGAAGCAGUUUCAGAACAAUGGCAAGACCAAUUGGGAUGCUGUUAUUGAUGCUGAGGCUAGAAGGAGAAAAUGGCUUGAGGAUAACCCAGAAUCAUCCAGCAAUGAUAACCCUGUAGUUUUUGACACCUCUAUCGUACCCUGGUGGGCAUGGAUGAAAAGGUUCCAUCUUCCUGAAGCUGAACUACUUAAUGGUCGUGCUGCAAUGAUAGGGUUCUUUAUGGCAUAUUUUGUUGAUAGCCUGACAGGAGUAGGUCUAGUUGAUCAAAUGGGCAACUUCUUUUGCAAAACUCUUCUGUUCAUAGCAGUGGGGGGAGUACUUCUGAUCCGAAAGAAUGAGGACUUUGAAAAUCUUAAGAAGCUAUUGGAUGAGACUACAUUUUAUGACAAGCAAUGGCAAGCAACUUGGAGGAUGAGAACUCAGACGCAUCCAAAAAAGAGUAGUGGAAAUGCUGUUCUUUAGUUCUCCCUCCCCGCAUCUGUCUCUUAAUAUAGUGCUCUAUUAAUCUUGCUAGUGCAAAACAAGACAUGAAUAUGAAUUAGACAUUGUGUUUCAAUUUCUUCUGUCUUCCUAGUGCUGAACAACCCAGAUAGUAUUUGUGUUUGCAAUGCAGGAAUUUUCUUGAGAGUCUGUAAAAUUGUGUUGUUAAUUCGACAAAUAUAACAAAUGGUUUGAACUCAUCAAGCGGAUCACUCCUAGAAAGGAGAUUGCAAACAGUUGUACACAUUUGAAUUGCCAUCAAUAGUAACCAAGUUUGUUCAAGCAGUGAUUGCAAUUGUAG